CUUAACUGGUGUGCAGUUGACACAAGUGCACGUUAAGGGUCAGCUCCGAAUUACACAGCAGUCCAACGCUAUCCGUCGUUGUAAGAAGAGCAUUAUUGUUUAAGAUUUACGUUGAGUUCAUCAGCAUAUGAAAUGCUGGGGACACUAUUCCUGAUGUUGGUUCUGUCCACAGCCGUUUGUGCACCGGCCAGCAUAAAUGGCACAUACAAUGAAACGAGUUAUCUUAACGAAACGGCUUCGUUAAACACUAGUAAUAUAGUUAAAAUGACUAAUAAUGGCACUAGACAACCCAUGAUUGACGUAUAUUCUGAGGCAGAACCUAGACAACUGCCCAUGCAUCUUCUAUCAACACCGAUAAUGCACAACGUGGCUUUCAGUGUGAGAAAAGCAGCGCAGAGCCUCGGUCUCCGGAACCGCAUUCAGUUCCAGGAAGUGGUGACCAACGUAGGUGGUGGCUGGGACGAAACUACUAGUGAAUUUGUUGCACCAUACAAUGGCGGAUAUUUCUUCAUCUUUCAUGCUGUUGGCGCAAGAGAUGGUGACUUUACAAUGGCCCUGAACAAGAAUGGAGAAUACCAGGUGACUGCCUACGGUACUCAGAAGACCUUUGAGCACGGAUCAAAUUCCAUCUUCCUGCAACUCCGCCGUCAGGAUAAAAUUUUCCUGCAAUUGCAACAGGGAUUUAUCUUUGAAAGCCCUGGUAACGAGGCCUACACUACCUUUAAUGGUUUCAGCGUCUUCAGAGCAUGAAACUGAUUUUGUAAUACAUAUGGCUUAAAUUCUUUAAAAA